GAAAUCCGUGGAUUCAAGCAAAUAUAUCAGAAAUUAAUUUUCCCAAUAAUAUUCUUACAUUGCUUGAUAAAACUGAUAUAUUAUUGGAUAUAUCGCAAGGUUGCUCUCCACCAAGACAGAUAAGCAUACCAGUAAAAGAAUAUUUCAAGAUGGUGAAACAUUAUACAGUUGCAUCGGAUGUGAACGAUAAUGAAGCAUAUUUCAGGGAAUAUUUUCUUCGUAGAUUGUCACCCGAUGGACAGUUAGAAGUUAGAAGAUAUGGAUUAGAAAUCCCAUUAGAUGAGUUAGUAGAUAAGUUAAGUGGAAUUAAGAAUAUCCGGAAAAUAG